AUGGCGACGGGCGGGAACGCGGCGGCCGGUCGCUCGCGGCGGCUCUUCCUCUGGGACGACGGGAGACCGAUGCAGUUCUACGUGCGGCCCGGGCUGACCAAGCUGCGCCUAGCGCCCCUGCUGCUGGCGGGCGGCGGGCGGCUGUGCCGCACCCAGGAGCCGGGCGCCGUGCUCUUGGCGCAGCCCGGCGAGGUGGUGCCCGGCGGGGCCGUCUCCACCGAGUACGUGACGGAGUGCGUGGAGCGCAACCAGCGCCUGCCGCUGGAGCCCUUCCGGCUGCCCGCUGCGCCACCCGCCGCCUCGCCGCGCGGCCGCCUCGCCUUCACGGAGGCGGAGGACGCGGCGCUGCUGCAGGCCGUGCGCGAGCGGGGCGGGAGGCGGGUGGGCGGCAGGACGCUGUGGAAGGAGCUAGAGCGGGCCGGCCUGACGCGGCACACCUGGCAGGCCAUGCGCGACCGCUACCUGCGGCACCUGAGGCCUCUGCACGGGGAGCCCCAGCAAGUGGAGGAGGAGCGCGCACAAGGCAUGGGCAUUUUCGAGGCAGCGAAUCGGGAGUUUGAAAGCGACGAGUCAGGAAGUGACACCUCAGACACUUUAGAAGAACUUCCUACACAAGUUGGAGGAGGAAAGUCUCCAGGUGAAACGGCAGCUGGUUUGAAGACUGGGAUGGAGGACUGUGCUUUCCCUGGCACUCAAUUACAAAGGGAAGACAGACCAAGAAGCACUUGCUCUUCUUCCAGUGUGGUACAAGUAGUGAAAACUAUGCGGCACUUCAUGGAAAGAUUUAAUGUGGAUCUGUUCACUGUUACACAGGCCUUUCUGAAAAACACUGGUGAAGUGGAGACUACAUCAUACUUUCUGCAGACAGGGCAGCGUUUGGAUGGAUACCCUGUGUGGAGCAGAGAGGAUGAUAUAGAAUUGCAAAAAGAUGAUGAGCAUGCCAGAAGUAAAUUGAUAGCAAAAUUUGGAGCUGAAAACGUAGCAAAGCGAGUAGCAUUUAGGAAAAGUUAGAUAGUAAAGUAGAUGGAAAUGACUGUUCCGGUACAGUGGUAAGAAUUUGAUAAAAGCAAGAUCAUCUCAGAAAUGCAAAUGUGAUGGAGAAUGUUAUAUACUGUUCUAAAGUUUCAGAAAUGCUUUAAAAUAGUUUUUCUAAGAGGCUGAUUUUGUAUUUUUAAGGUAGAGUAUACUGAACAUUUAAAAGUAGAAAAUGAUGAAGAGAGAGAUCCUAUCUAGUAAUAAGUUUUCUCAGUGAAAAUUUCCUUUAAACUCUAUACUUACUAUAUAAGCCAUCUGACAGUUUGGCCUGUACUUUACUGUAUGUAGAGGAUUUUGAAUGAGGUUGGCUCUAAAGUGAGACAGACUCUCAUUAAAUACUGAAACCACUGUCUUAUUAGUACAUGAUAUCAACCUUCUGUUACAUGUAUCAUUUCAGAAUGCUGUGGAUGAUCAUCUAGGAACUUACUCUGCCAGCUGUUGUCACUACCUUAUGUUUUUGUUAAUGGACCUUGAUUAGUAGCUGACAUACAGAAAUGAUACCAGUGAAAAUAUAACUGUCCAAAAAAGAAGGUCAAGAGCAUUCAUGUUAGAUGUAUUUGAGGCGCUCAGUCUCAUGAAUAAAUGCUGAGAUCUGGGAACGACUAAAAGGUUCACCAGGCCAUUAUACUGUCUCACAUUACAGAGAUCUCGGUUAAAAUCUCAAGCAAGUGUGCAGUCAUCUCAAUUUUUAACAACUUACAACAGCUGUUUUCUAGUACUAAUAUUGCAGGAUUUGUUUAAUAACAUUAAAUUUACCAUCUGUCCUUGUGAUUUCAAAAACAAUUAGUUCUCCCACAGUUACAGGUUGAAGAGUCCCAAGUCUUCAGUCUGGGCAAAGUAAUGCUUCUGCUUAGACUGACCAUGUAGUCCAGUUUGAAAAAGUAUACCACCUUUCAGGGUCAUAUGCCGUAGUUCUGUCUAGCUGUAUCCACUUCAGACUUUAAGUCAAAAAUGUGCUCAGAGUUAAUUUAGGUAUCUUUUAGUUGUGUAACGUCUGAGGGAGAGAGAAAAUCAUUUCUCAUAUAUGGUCACAAUCUGAAAAAACUCAGUACAUAGAGCUUGAAAUUGUGUUUUGGUCUCUAUUAUUAUUUGAACAAUCAGUUGAAACAACAGCUAGGCACCAGUCAUUAUUUAUAACUCCUGUUAAUCUGGAAUUAGCUCAUCCUUUUAGUGAAGUAAAAUGGAUUAUAAAAGCAAAGAUUGAUUUUUAAAAAAAAUUAACAUUUUUUUUUAAAAGAGUCAUUCAGGGUUGUUGCUUACUGCAGUAUGGUACUCAGUAAAAUUAGGUUGAAUUAGGAAAUUGCUAGUUUUAAGGCAAAUUCAAAUUAUUAUUGAAAGUCAAUGAUAGCUUAGUAUUAUGAGAUUUCUAUUUCAGAAAACCAAUGUACUGAAGCAUCCACUGACUGACUUGUAAUGUUGACCACUGUUAACCAAAUAAAUGCCAAAACUUUUAGACUGUG